AUGUCGGAACCGUCAAGGAGUUUCACAUGCCUUGAAAAACAGCGUCUGCGACUACCCGAUAGGCAUAAGCCCUCCGGUGCAUAUGGGGGGUUACCUCCGGGUUUCGAAGAGGUCCUACCCAGUGACGUCGUGAAGCAACUGAAGAUGAUUGAUGAAAACGACGCGUUGACUGGUGAGCAAAAACGGCAGAAGACUGACGAGGUCUUUUCUUCACUGCCAACGGAAAUCAUCGACAAACUCCCGCACCCACCAUUUUUCGAACACUUACCGAAGGAGAUGCAGAAGGCAAUCAAUCAGAUUCGGCGAAACAGGAUUACGCUGCUGGCCGUAAAAAAUUCUAUGAUUAACGAGAAGAUAUAG